AUGCCGCUAGUCGUGCAAGACUACCUUCUGCCUCGAACGAAAACGCAACGAAUGGCAUCAGAAGGGCAACCAGUGUCCGCGACCCUGCCGCACAAAAACGUCUAUCCUCAUUCCAUCCUUCCUCCUCUACCACCACACUACCCCCUCGUCCCGCAACCUCUGUGUCAAAGCGCCAAAGCAUUACCCCUUCAGCAAAAGGCAAACAAGUUUUCGGCAGAGCAAAAGAGGAAAAAGAAAAAGAAGCAGCAGAGAAAAAAAGAAAAAGAGGAAGCGGCUAAGAAGGCGAGGCAUGAGGCUGCGGAAAAGGGGAGACAAGCUAGUAGGGAGUGGGCUGCGAAGAAGAAGGAAAAAGAGGAGAGGAGGAAGACUGUCGCGAGUGCUGCUGCUGUGGUGUAG